UGCACUUCCGAACCGACGAAGUGGCGGAACUGAGGUCAGACUCGCCCUCGACACUGUUGCAACUCUGUAUCUCAAACAUCAGACAUUAAGUUCUGUGCACACUGAAGCACCGUAACUUAGUGAUCUUGUGUGGUGAUGUCGAGAGUGUUGAAAAGACACUGCGUCACGCCAUCGUUGCGUACACGCAUUCCUUCUACCUUCCCAUGUAGCAAGAUUGCAUUCGCUAUAGCUCGUCAUUAUUGUCAAAGAGGAUACGCACCCGCAUGUUCGAGGUUUUCAACCUCUGCCCCUUUGUCAUGGAAGCCGACCCCAAUCCUCAAGUCGAGAGUAGUCUUCACUGGUAAUAGUAUCGAGUUUGACCUCGAUGAGGCUGACAAAACACUAUAUGACAAUAAUCUUGGCUUCCGAGAGGAAGUGGUUUGCAUCGGACCACCUUUACUUCCGCUGCCAGGCUAUCCUGAGAUUAAGUUAGGACGGGAAUUCGGGGCUGACGGAGAUCCCCCUUUUCGAAUAUGUAGGAAGCUGGGAUGGGAUGGCACCUCGAGUGUAUGGCUGGCCUUCAAUGGGUAUUCAAGUACCUCGCAUUUAGGGCAUUAACUCAAGUUGCCUCGGUACCUAUUCAGGAUGGAGAAUCACAGCUAUACUCCUUCGUCAAGGUGCUUGAUGAUUAUUAUCUAAACCAACUGCCGGAUCAUCCAGGCUUCGAGUUGGUCUUAAAAGGAGAGCUCUACUUCAAUAUACAACCCUAUGACCAGCAAGGUCAACUAGUCGAACUGACGGGACCCAACAUAGGCUUGCUGAAGGCGACAUCACCUGAUCGACGUUUACCACUAGAUGCAGUCAAGGUUCUUUGCCGACAGAUGCUUAUGGCCCUCGACUUUCUACAUGGUACAUGUGGCGUGGUACAUACAAACAUCAAACCUGACACCAUCUUUGUUAAACAUAUACUCACCACGGAAGAAAUUACAAAGCUUCUGGAAGAGGACCCCCAAAGGAUGUACCCUGGUCCGGCAUGGACUCUUAUCCCAGUGGAAGAUAUAAAAAAUAGACUCAUGUUCCCUAAUCCGCUCGAUAACUCUUCGGUCUUCCGACCUACUGAGGAAUUCGUCAGUCAGCCACUUCCGGCGCCGCUGCUGACCGAUAUCAGGACUCUUACAUUCAAACUCGGCAACUUUGAAAACGUGCAACUUCUUCAGAAUAAGAUGCGCGAUAAGCUUCACAUUUCACCGAAUAUGUCUCCACCUGAGCUGAUCCUUGGUUUACCUUGGGACGAGAAGAUCGACAUCUGGGCACUCGGAUGUACAGUCUUUGAGCUCUUGACUGGGACUAGUCUCUUCUCAAGACCCCCAUCGUUGACAUCCGAAGAGUCUGAUGCCCGGCAUCUGAACGACAUGGUAUGUGUCACAGGUGACUCUCUAGCAGGCUUCGUUCCAAGCAUAGGCCCCCUGGCUGGUGAAGAUUCUCGAAGCAUUGGGAGCCGCCUUGCUGAAGCAGGCUUUCACAACACGGAACGAGAACGCGCAACUCAUUUCCUCCGACGCUGUUUGACGCUUGCCUCAGACAAGCGACCAUCCGCCUUGGAGCUCUUCAAGGAUGCUUGGCUAGUUGGGUAGAUGAUGAUUGGUCAAGCUGGUCUCCCUAGAGCAGAGUAGACAAAAUGCAAACCGUCGUAUCUCAGGAUCUCUAGAUCAGUUGGCCUAUUUUUGCCUUUCGUAUAGACUCAUGCAUACUUCCUCUCAGCGUGCUACUGUUGCUUGAUAGCACGCCGUAUUCCUUCAUAUUCUAGGUCUUUCCUCGACUGAGUGGUGUAGUGUACUUUGUAACCUAACGGCACAAGAAGUAUUGAGUUCAAUUUGCCCCG